AUGACUGCGACCGGUUUCUUCUCCCUGGUCUCUCUGUGGCUGGGGUGCCAGCUAUGUGCUGCUGCCAACGCAGCAGUGAAGGACAUACAGUUUCUCGCUUCAAGGCCGAGCCCUGGGAACCACAGUAAGGCCGAAGAUUCGGGAAAAUCACCCCGCCACACAGUCAGCCACAUCUGGGAGGCGCAGCCUGGUAGAUGGCCUGAGUGUGGGUUCCUUCAAGAGGAUGGCUCCAUCUUUAUGGUGCGUGACGACUCGGACAUGUUCUCUGCAGCACAGCUGUUCUGCAGGCGAAUGAUUCUCACAAAUUGUACUUCAUCGAGAGAGAUUGCGGAACUCUGCCCAAGCAGCUGCCCCUUCUUGGAGCUGAGUAGCUACUCGAGUUGGGAUGGAUUUGGGAAUCGGGUUCCAUGCGGAACCGCGUGCGUUCCAGCGCAAGAGUGUGGGGCCUACCGCCCAGACUUGCCAUUUCCCAAUCCAAAUACUCAGAUGUGCGAAAGCUGCCCCUCCGACGGCUGCGAGGAGUGUGAGUAUGUCGAGGCCAAGCGAGAGGGCCACAAAACCAUACAGUUGCAGUGCACGCAGUGUGGUGAAGGGUUUGCUCUGACAAGUGAUGGGCUUUGCGAAUACUUGCUGGAUAAGCUUCUGCUGAAAACCUAUGCCAUACUUGGUGCCGUGCUGGCCUGCCUUCUGGUAGUUGCAGUCAUCCUGAGCAUAACCUGUCACAAGAACUCGGAGGUCUUGACCCGAGGCCUGGAACACAGAGAGCGGUGCCUUCCCCACGAUGUGGAGACCAAAGCCGCUCGACCCGACAAGAAGGGCACAGAGGAGAUCUACUACGCACGAGCCCCUCUGUACCCCUUGAAUGCCAAUGUCCACUCCAGGAAUAUUGUAGGCGUGGGCCUAGCCCUCUACUACAACCACUUGGUGUUUGUGGCCGCCAUUGCCUUCAUCGGAUGGGCGCUUCUGCGGUUUUCCGAGGGUCUCUUUGGGAUGCAGCACUGGGACACUUUGCAGUGCGGAUAUGGAGGAAGUGCACAGUCUGAGGCAGCAGUUGCUGGGUAUGCUAGGCGUCGGGCUUUGAUCGCUCUCUUCCUGUGGCUUGCGAUUCUGCCAGCAUCGAUCAUCUUUGCGCGAUGGCAAGCUUCUGCUGCUCGAACCUACGAUCGCGUCCACACACGCAUGGAAGACUACUGCUUCGGCCUGUCCAAUCUGCCACCAGAAGCCACAAAUCCCAUCGAGCUUCAAACGUGGAUUGAGGAGAGGUUUGGAGGGCGAAUAGAAGGCGUUUCGAUCUGCUAUGACAUUCGUGGCUCUCAGAACUGUCUUGGCUUCAAUACCGGAGAGCUGAAAGGUCUCAUAGGCAAGAAGCUAGAUGAACAUCUUCAGAUGCAUGAGGAGAUCUUUGUGGCAGCUCUGGGUGUUCCAAGAAAUCGUCGAAGGACUCUGCGUCAUCGGAUGUUGAGCAAACUGCCGUCCGUACAAGAGUCUGGGACGUUGAAUACCUUCGACGGUGAAGUGAAGACCAAAGCAUGGCUUUCAAGUCUGAAAUGUAGCGGCGAAGCCUUCGUGGUGAUGAAGCAGGAGGCCGACGUGGAGCUCUUCUUCACACUCUGGGAUCAGCCAAGGGGUCUGCAGCGCACGGGAUCCUUCUUCUCCUUCCACGAUGGCAGCCCCACCCUGGAAAAUGCGAAGAAGUCGCGGCGCAGGGACCGUUCGUUCCUUGGCCAAGAGCUGGAGAUUCGUGAGGUCACAUCGGAACCAACCUCCAUCCUCUGGGAGCACAUGGGCACGUCCCAUGCGCAACUGGCGGUUCGGAUUUGCUUUGCUUUGGUGGGCUUCGUCUCUGCCAUUGCCAUUUUCUACUUUGUGCUGUACAUCCCGCUUACCAGUUCUGUGGUGAGAUAUGCUCGAAAAUCUGGCAAGCCUCCCUCGGCCUUCCAGACGGCUGGCCUGGGAAUCGUGGUGGGCGCAGGCAACAACCUGAUUGCCAACCUGCUUUGGCUAGGUGUUCCCAUGCUGGGAUUCAAAAGGAAGGACCAGGCGGACAUUGUCACGUUCGGCGCACGGACCCUCCUGGUCCUGCUGAACACCUUCAUCUCUGUGUUGCUUACUGCUCGGAAGCUGGCAGCCACAGGUCAGCCGGAGAAGAACAUGUUCAGCACAGCGGGGAACACCCUGGCGCGAUCUGCCGAGCUUUCGCGUGAAGCAUCCCUGGCGGAUGCGGUGCUGAAGAUGUUCCUGACUGGAACCUUCUCAUCGUGCAUCUUCUCCUUCUGUUUCGUUCCGCUUACUCUGUGGCAGGGGAUCUUCUUGAUUCGCACUGGACUCAUGGGCUCCAGCCUCUCUGCCCGUGACUGCGAGCGAGCACUUCAGCCAGAUGAGAUUUGGCUUCCGUGGGACUACGCCAGCCACAUACAGCUCACGUGCUGCGCAUUCUUUCCGCUGGUCCUGGCAGAGCCUCCUGGCUCCUGCGCGUCGCGUGUGCUCUGCGCUGCGUUGGUGAUGUGGUGCGUGGUCAUGUACUGUGCCCAGCGCAUCAUCCACUUCAGGGCCUCCAAGGAGACAUUCUUCACAACCCCGCGGCUGGACAAGGCUGUACUGGCAGGUUGGGCACUUCCCGUCAGCCAGCUUGCUGUGACAUCUGCGGGCUGGGCGUGCAGAGCCAUGAGAUUUGAGCUCGUUGCCUCCGUGCCGAUUUGCAUAGCCACCUUUCUGGCAAGCUGCGGCAUCUAUCUCGUGCUUCUCUCAAAGGCCCUUGAUCAUCACCAGAGCAUCCGGUACCUGUAUGCCACCAAGAGCGAGUCCUACAAGUCCGCCUUGGCCAGACUGCGCUACAGUUACUUCAACACGAACCCCAUCCACGUGCUCAUGGCGCAGCACAUGCCAGACUUGGGCCUGAAUGAAGCCACCUGGUAUGAGGCCGGGAAGGCAUACCUCCAGGCCGAGGAUCCAAGCAUGGACGCACGCCUCGAAGCGACUCGGGCGCUGGCGGAACAAGCCGAGGAUACUCAGAAGCGUCCGCGAUCAUUCGUUUCCCGCAUGGUGUACAAGGCUCGCGUUUGGUUCACCGGUGCCCCCAAGCACGCCUACCAAGCUCUGGAUGAGACAAUCCAGUGA